AUGUCGAAACCUCCGUUAAUCCACCAAGCUACGUCAGCUACUGUGAUUCGACAAGAUGAUCCACCAACUGCCAACGACCAGUCGGAAAAGCCGUUGGAGGACUCGAAGAGCGAACAUACUACUGCAACGAAUCGUCAUGUGGCAGAAGAAGUGGUGCCCCGCGGUUCGGGGCCCAGUGUGCACGACAUCCUCGCAUUUAUUGGUAUCUCCAUUAUGCUGAUCUGGCCUUGGAUAUUCUUUGGCGUGGUUUGGGCGAAGAAAGGCAUUCAGAUGAAUAAUCAUGUCGCCAAAGUCAUCACGAAUAACCCUCACGCUACGACCUACUUCAUCACGCUCAUAUGCAGCAUCAUCUCCAUGAUCGUUAGCGUUCUAUUUUCUCUCUCAAUUAUUCGCUUUGCCCAGGAGUUGGUUUCCCAUCGCCACCCGACUGAACCUUUCACGCUCAGCGUGCUAUUAGCUUUCAGACGUCAGACCUGGCCCUGGGGAAAGAGUUUGAAAGACGCUAAGUCCCUAAUGACCAAAAAGAAAUGGUGGCCCGCGGUUUUGUUGAUCAUUUGCGUCCUCACCUUUCCACACUUGAUAUCAAGCACCACAAGUCUGCUAACUCCUGCCCCAUUCAAUCGAACGGUUGCGCUCACCGGGACCGAGCUCGACUUCUCAUCGACUGCUUCUGAUUGUCUAGCCUGGUUCGCAGCACAUCCGAUAGCCAAUAAUUGUGGCUGGCAGGUGAGUCACUACGAGACACUCCAAGAUACUUCGCUGAGGGCAUGUGGUUAUCAGUUUUAUAAGGGUAUCCCAUACACCAACUGCCUUGGAGAGAAUCAGAUGGUCGACGUCCUAGAAGCCGGCCGCGGUAACAUUCUUGAAUUAGUAACGAACAACACUCAAAGUCUGACCUUCAGUCAGCUCGGUGCUGAAGAUGGCCUACAUUUCUUGGGACCUAUCCGAGGCCUGUUGCCUAUUGGUCCCAACGGCGUCCCUGCUUUCAACACCCUCGCGCCUUCUCCCUUCUCGAAGCCGGAGGUAGUGGCGGGGAUGACUUCAUACAGCUACACCCUCAAUCAUCAAGGUCUUAAGAGCAACGUCAGUUGCAGUUAUGCGCAAACGAACCCUUUCGUAGUCGGGGCGUUGUUUCCUGGAUAUGGCGGGGCAAUACAAUACAACGCUAGCUGCGCUUCAUUAGGGGGAGCUGAGGUCUUGACGAACGUUCUGUCUCUCCAUUCAACCUACGGCAACAAUACGCUGGUGUACUGGGCAUGCCAGUCAGUUGUGAACGGGGUCCCAGUGGCUUCCUACACUGUCUACUUGACAGGGUACAACUUUUACAAAUCUGAGAUUGGGAAUAUCAUUUGUACCGUCAACCCGGUGCAGGCUGCCAUAUUUCCGGUGACGUACCAAUCCGCUGCGCGCAUUUUCACUACUGCGGGACCGACUAUAGCUGCUCCAAUCGCGUUUUCUACGCACAUCAACAAUGCGUUGAUUGGGCUGGGGGACAUCAUAAGCGAGGGCCAGAAUUUCCAAUCCAAUCAAGUCGCUGAAUCGGUUUUUACCUUUGGGGUGAAGUCUUUCGGGGUGCUACCUCAGCAAAGUUUCUUGUAUCUGCAAUUAUUUGAACAGAUGAUUCAAGGGAUUCUCGAAUACGAGACCACCUAUAUUCGAUUGAUAUACUCGACAGUUCCAAAUCCCCCAGCUUCUUGUAAGCGCAGUGUGGAUGGAAUGGUGAAAUACGCGGUUAUUGGCUGGUUUGUAACGAGCGCUAACAUUGGCUUCUUGAUUCCAAUGACAAUCAUCAACGGGGCGGCCUUGAUCGCACUCCUUCUAGCUGUUUUGCUGGCGAAGACUGGUGGUUAUAUCUUCCACCCUUUCCAUCCUAGGCCAGUUACCUACGGCGACCAUAUCGGCGAUCACGAACAGGUGCCUGAUGAAUGGAGACAUAAAGUUACUUUUCACCCCACGUCUGUGCGUUUUUUUGGAUUUUAUAGCGUAUUUUUCCAUUGCGUUGACUCUUCGAUCGGCGGUUCUAGGUCUUCAAGGAAUACUUCAAUAGCCAAGUGA